UGACGAUCUAGUCAAGCUUAGUAAAGUUGCAUUAGACAUACUGUAGUCCAGACAAAAGGGACUGUUGGCUUUUAGAGUUAUGAGAGGAUUAAACAAGUUUUACAUAUAAACCAAAUCUAACUUGGACGAGUUUAAUCAAAAAAAUUGAUCAUGAUGACGACCGACGAAGAGAUGUUCAAUUCCAAAACCAAAGAUGGGCCUGAAGACGAAGUUUUCAACAGUAAUACUAGAGAUCAUCCUCAUAAAAUUACCUUGUGCUAUUCAUUGGAUCUACCCUCCACCAUAGUUCAAAAAUUUCCCAGUCUAACAAUUAGGAAGCAUACUGGAGAUCGAGUUUGGUUUGCAAGAGCUCCACAAGCCGACGUAUGUCUGUUUGAUAGAGAUUUUUCGCGAAAUUGUAUGGAGCUGAAAUGUGGAACAGGCGAAAAUGGAGAGAUGAUAGUAACAGUGAAAAAUCUGGACGAUAAAAAGUUCAUAGAACUGAAAAUUCCCGGAAGAGACAAAAUCAGUCUCGCAAAGGAUCAAGAAUCAAGAAUCGAAACACAGACACUUUUGACUAUUUCCUUGAUGCCAUUGAUAGUUAUUUUCCAAAAUGGCGACGUUGACUCUUCCAGUUAUGAGGUGAUUAUGAAUGGUUUGGUUUCGCAAGCCUUCAAUACACUGAUGCUGAGUACUUCCGGUAAUAGAACUUCUGGGCCCCCACCUAUACCAGUAUUACACUACCAAACAAACGGAGCUGCUUCAAGUUCUUAUUAUCCACCACUUCCUGCUUGUCCAGAUUUAUCCCAGUCAUGGCCAACAAACAGUUUUUCUAGUCAGACGAGACCAAAACAGAUUUACGAACCCGAUUCUACGCAGUUCUCUAGAAAUCCAAAUACAUGUACUAGCAAUCUCCGCCAAGUCGAUCCACCAUAUGGUUUAUAUUAUAAUGCCGACAUUAACCCAUCAGCUCAUCCAUGUUCUUGUGGGUUCGGCAUCAGUCAAGGGAAUAUCAUUACCAACCCCGAAUCUUGCCGAUGUGGCUCGCAAAGUUUCAUAGAUCUUCACCGCAGAGAGACAGAAAGACAAACUUCCUGUCCAGUUUGCAAUCCGUCGAUUGUACCAUAUAAUUAUACACAAGGAGGCCCAUACUAUUCACAAUCCAAUCAACAAGGCAUCCAUCAGCCUCUACAGAGAUGUUCCUCAGAUUCACUGAGGAUGCCUACGACACCGAUCAAUAAUUGGCAUAACCACAGAUCUCCAGGCGGAUUACCCACAGCGGCCCCUAUUAGAGAUAAUUUCGUCAAUACUCAUCCUUAUACUGAAAACACUCCCCAUGAUUUUAAUGUCAAUAUAAUAGAUAUGUAUAAACGAUAAGUAAUAUUUAACCAUUCGUUAUGCCUACACUGCAAUAGCCAACAUUUUUGAUAUCACGGAAGUUUGUAAAUGCAGUGAUUUGGUUGGAUUGUACGUAGAGAGUCAUCGGCAUUAUAGCAGAUUGUUUACAAACUUUUUGCGAGGACUCCGAUUGGCCGCCUUUUCGCUAACGUGCAAUCCAACCAAUC